GAGCCAUUCACACAGGUCGAGAAGCCUUAAAACGCUCUGCCGAAAAUGUGCGUUCGUCUCACCCCCGACCAAGGUAUCGACAGCCUGGUCCACCAGAUCGAGAAGUUCGAGACACCGUUGGAUGUCGUAGAGCUGGACCUCACGAACUGCAUUCAUCUCGACACCGACGAAGUGAUUCCCAUCAUAAAGGAAUGCCAGUCCACCGAUUCACUUCGAUGCUUAAGCUGCUCCAUCCGACCGGGUGCCCUGGUGACGUUAAUAUUGGGGCACAUGCACCACCUUGUCCGCCUAGAGCUCACCCUCGUGUGCGAGACGGCCGAGGAGGUGGGAGAGUAUCCCGACAAGCACGAAAUGGCGAACCGAUACAUCCUUCCCGACCUGCGCAGCAUAUACGUCGAGAUGGCCUACGACGCGAGCUUCCUACUUUUUGACAAGAUUCUGCGAGAAAGCCUGAACCUGGAAGAUCUCCACGUGCACUUCCUGCGCGGUAGCUUCGAGAACGCCCUCGUCGCGUGCAAGGUCCUCUGCGAGCAGGCCAUCCGUCUGGAAAAAUUCACGUUCACCUCCGAACAGCCGCCGUACUGCCAACAGCUCUCCUCGCCGUUGGAGUUGUUCAACUGCAUGUCUGUGUGCGCCAACGUCGAGUACCGCAAGCUGAGCGGCUUCAUGUCCUUCUUCGCGCUCCACGACCUCGCGGAGGACUGCUGCAAGAUGCGUUGCAUGCCGAAUCAGACUACCUUGGCUGCCGUUCACACCGAGGGCAAAACCCUCGCCGCUGAAACGAUGCGAGCAGCCUUCCGCGGGCACAACUGGUCGUGGAUCAAUCGAGUGUGCUUUGUCUUGCUACCAGAAGACCCUUCGAGCCUCGUUUACCCGCAGGCGGGCCUGGCGUACCGCGAUAGCCUUCUCUUUUUCUUCGCCUCUACGUUCAGGUACAUCCUAGAGCUCAACAUCAGCUCAUUUCACUUCGCACCCGACCUCGACGUCAAGGAACUGCUUCAGGAUGCCACGCUGGCAAAGCUACGGUACCUGCGAUCGCUUUCGGCGACCCCUUGCGGCUUGCGUCGCCUGUCGGCUCUGCGCCUACUGGCGCAGCACUGCCAAGACUUCACUGAACUUGACGUCCGCUACGAGAAGAAGGGAGGCGUGGUCCGCUGUGCCGGCUGUGAAGCGGACGUCCCCCUGGACCCCGACGCGCCGACCAGAGUUCCGGGCGGCUCGGUCGGUUUUAGGAAUCGGCUCGUCCGGCUCACCGUGUGCGGCGUGAGGUUCCCCGUGGGCCUGCACUUCAUCGAGUGCUCCGGCCCGACCACGAUGGUGCGACUCUCCGGCUGCUCCGACCUCUCGAACCAGCACUGCACGCAUCUGGCUAAGCUACUCUCCGAAAGAAGCGCUCCCAUCUGCCUUGUCCUUAGGCACGGAUGUCUGCAAAUUCACGACGCCUCUAUGGUGGCCAACCUUUCUAGCGUCCAGAGCCUGUUGUACUUGUACCUUCUGUCGACGGUGGCCUACCCGGACGAAGUCGCAGAGUCCUGCUUCCUUGCGCUAAGGACUACCCUCAAUCGCCUGCGGUACCUUCACUUCCAUUACCUAUCCCUGAACGGCGUGGACCGGAGUCUCACGUGGUUGCGUAGCGAGGACGAUCCACAGGACGGCGGCGAGCUGCUUCGCAACGCUCCCUGCUUCCAGUGUUGCUCGACCGCGACGUUUAUAGGACUCGCCAAGCCCAUGAACCGAGAGUUCGUGCCGCAUGCGCAGGCUAAGCCUCGGUGACCGUCUGACCAAUAUUAGCUGCUUGCUGAAUUUUCAACACUGUAAAUGUGCGCGGACGGU